UUAUUAUUAUGAAUGACCAAUUGGAAGAUACAGCUUUCGAUGUCAUAGUCAUUGGAACUGGUCUUGUGGAAUCAAUAGUAGCUGGGUCACUUGCUCGAAGUGGCAAAAAGGUACUCCAUCUUGAUAGUAAUAAACAAUAUGGAUCAAACUGGGGUGUAUUCAAUAUCAAGAACUUGCUCGAUUGGGAACAACAACUGAAAACAGAUACCACUGACAAAGACAAAGAUCACAAAAAGAACUACAUUGAUUAUUAUACAUCCUACGCUAAUAACUUUAAGGAUGUAGAACUUUUAUUCGGCAAGCAAGUAGUGGAAGUGGACGAGGAACUCGAAAAACCAUUAGCCGUGCUAGACCUAUCAACAAAGGAACAUCCUCUUGACGGUGAUGCUACUCUGGAGGCUAUCAAGAAAGCUCUGACAGCUCUUCUUAUUAUCCCAGACACUAUUUCAUCAACUGACAUUCAAACUUAUAUCCAACCAAUGACCAACAAUUACGCUUCAAUCUUACUUAACGAUGAAAACAACGCCAAAACUGGACGCUACGAACUGCAAGACGUCAUCUUUAAGUUGAAGACACUUAUCGACUUUCUUGUUCUCUCUCGUCAUUACAAUCUGGAUACGGUACCUAAAAUCUUACCUUCUCGUGGUGAUUUGGUAGAAAUCUUGAUACGAAGCGGUGUGGGCCGCUAUAUGGAAUUCAAGAGUGUAGAUGAUAUGUUUAUCUUUGAUCAUACGAAGCGGCGUAUGGAGAAGGUUCCAGGAUCAAAAGAAGAUGUGUUUGUCAAUAAGUCUAUUAGUUUACCUGACAAACGAAAACUUAUGAAGUUUUUGAAAUACGCAAUGGAUGAUGAUAGAGAUUUGGAGCUAUUGAAAGAUUAUGAAACGAUGACAUACGCCGAAUUUCUACAAGAUAGAUUCAAGAUCACUGGGAACUUACAGAAUGCUGUUGUCCAUGCCAUUUCAUUGUCAAGAUCAGAUGUCAAUGCAAAGCAAGGAUUUGAACGAACACAGGCGUUUAUGAAAUCCAUCGGCCGUUUCGGAAAAGGUGCUUAUUUAUGUACAUUAUAUGGCGGUGGUAGCGAAAUUUCUCAAGCAUUCUGCCGUAUUUGCGCUGUUUAUGGUGGUGUUUACAUUUUAGGUCAGUCUCUUGAACGGUAUGAUAUAGAUGAACAAACUGGAGAAUGUACAGGUGUUGUUACAAAGGAUGGACAAAUUUUCACUGCUCCACAUAUCAUCACUGGAUUGGACUAUCUUUCACCUGAUUGGAGAGCAUCAAGCACUACCGACAAAUCAUCUUGGGUAUCAAGAGCAAUGAUAAUCACAAACAGGUCACCAGCUCAAUUCUCAAAAGAAGACAGUAGUAAUCAAUCACUUGGUGCCAGUGUGAUCCCUCCUAAUGAUUGUUUGGGAAACAAGAAUGAGUUAGUAUAUAUAUUGAAUCAAAGCUCAGAAACUAUGGCUUGUCCUAAAGACCAAUUUGUAACCUAUUUGUGGACAUUGGAGGAUUCAAAUGGACAACAAGUAUUGAAACAGGCGGCUCAGCUAUUACUGGAAAGGGAAUCAGAAAAUAAUGAUAUGGAUCACGAAUCAACGCAUGUAUUACUUGAAUUACAUUACAAACAACGUAUCAGAUCAUCGCAGACGAUUCAAGAAGAAUGGAAUAUACCCAAAAAUGUGUACAUUUGCAGUGAUCCGGAUGCUUCCAUUGACUUUGAAGAAGCAACCAAGGAAGCAAAGACUAUCUUUUACAAGUGUGUACCAGAAGAAACAGAAUUCAUGCCCCCUGCAGAAGAAGUAGAAGGUGAUGAUUAUUAGAUUUUUGAUUAGCUUUUGUAUAGGUAGAAAAAAAAGAGUAUUAUCAAUAAAAUGGAUUAUUUUUGUAUGGUCG